GAAAUAUAUGGCAUGAAGAACUAUUAAAUAGUGAAAUUGAAAAUCUAACGUCUCUGAAAUGCAUUAACUAAUCACAUUAUGAACAGAGAAAGUACUGGAGGACAAAGAUGAAAAUUGCAUUUAUUUAUAACUAGAAUUAAGUUCGAAAUAUUGUGAACAAACGUCUUUAGUUAUUUUUGUUUACAAACGAGGAAGGAAUAGUAUUGGUUUUAUGGAGAAUAUAAGGCCAUUUACGUUUCCAGCGCGUUGUUCAAUCACAAAACUGUAAAUCUAGUUGUUUAGUUUCUUGUCAUUCGAACAAACUUUGGACGUUAACCCAUUUUCCCCGCUAAAAUCCUUCCUUUCGCUGCCUUCUUUCCAGGAUCUGUUUAGCGAGGUCAUCUAAGCUUCAUCUGACAUAAACGCUCGAUAUCUUUAGUAAUAUGGCAUCGGGGCUUUCUAAAUUAAAGCUAUUGAAUCUUUCUUUUAGGUGUGCAUGGAAUCCUAUUUCAUUCAUCUGUCGUCCUGAGUGUUCUUCCGCAAAAUUCAGUCUUUCUGAAUACAAGACUUUUAAGCUAGACACCACACCACCGCAUGAAACCGAGUGUAGUCGCGAAGAUGCACUUAAAUACCUCGAUAGUCUUCAUCGUAUCCGCAGAAUGGAAACGGCUUUAGGUAAUAUGUAUAAAGAAAAGCUCAUCCGUGGUUUCUGUCAUCUGUACUCUGGCCAGGAGGCAGUUGCAGUUGGUAUUGAGGCUGCUUUACAACCGGGUGAUACCAUUAUCACUGCUUAUCGUUGCCACGGAUUCACAAUGACUCGUGGUGUUUCUGUUCAUGGUAUAGUUGCAGAACUCGCAGGAAAGAAGACUGGUUGCACAAAAGGUUUGGGCGGCAGUAUGCAUCUUUACGCGAAAGAUUUUUAUGGUGGUAAUGGCAUCGUUGGCGCUCAGGUCCCUGUGGGUGUUGGUAUAGCAUUACGUAUGAAACAUCGUGGUGAAAAGUUUGUUUCAGUAACUCUUUAUGGCGAUGGUGCGGCUAACCAGGGACAGGUGUUUGAAGCCUAUAAUAUUGCGAAGUUAUGGAAUCUUCCUGUGAUUUUCAUUUGCGAAAACAAUAAAUAUGGUAUGGGAACAUCUGUGCAGCGUUCCUCUGCUAAUCCCAAUUACUAUACUCGUGGAGAUUACAUUCCUGGAUUAUGGGUCGAUGGUAUGGAUGUACUUACAGUUAGAGAGGCCACACGUUUUGCUGCUGAUUGGUGUCGUUCCGACAAAGGACCAAUAAUAUUAGAAACAGAGACUUACCGUUACCACGGUCACAGCAUGAGUGACCCAGGCACUAGUUAUCGUACUCGUGAGGAAGUUCAGUCGAUGAGGCGUGGACGAGAUCCUAUAGCUUUAUUUCAGAAAAGUAUUGUAGACAGUGGGUUAUGUACACAGGACGAAGUCAAGGAGAUCGAAAAAAGAGUUCGAACCGAAGUCGAUAAAGACGUAGAAAAGGCUAUUAGCGACUCAGAACCACCACUGGAGACCAUGUUUGGUAACGUUUAUCAUGGAAUUCCUCCAAACUACAAGAUUCGAGGUUGCGAUUUAAAAACUUGGGGUUCAUCAUUUGUAACCAAAUGGUGAAAGUUUUACGUGUUCUCGAAUUUGAAAAUCCUGGUCAGUUUGUACUACCUAAUUUAUUAGUCAGGCUUCUAGUAAUUUUUAUGAUACAGAGAAUUAUAAAUAUUUAUUUCUAAUUUCAUGAAAGCUUGUCUAUCUGUAAGUAAUUUUAAAGAUUUUACUGCCUGAAAUACAGUCUCAUACUUUA